AUGGGAUCUUCACAGUCAAAGGGCGACGCACCACCCAUGGUCUUUGUCAACGAGGAGGACCCUGUCCCCGUCAGGGUCUCAUCCGCGUUCGUUAACCAGAUCUCGGCCAGCCAGACGGCCGCAGGAAGCCCCGAGGAUAUUGAGAGAGAGGUCCGUCAGCGUGUCCAAGCCGAGCUGGCCAAGAUUCAGGCCGAGAAGGAUGCCGCUAUUGAUUCAACCUUUGUCAAUUACAAGUCCAGCACAAACGCCAACGCUGUCAUGACAGCGCAGGAGAUGGAGCAUUUGGCGAGAAAGACUCCUGCAAAACAGGUCAAGGUCCUCCCUGAGGAGAUCACCAAGGCUCAAGAUGCUCUUGUUCAAUGCUACAGAAAAAACCAGGACCGCUCGUUGGACUGCUGGGCUGAGGUCCAGGAGUUCAAGGAGCUCGUCCAGAAGGCCCAGAACGCCUUCAUUGCUACCGCUUGA